CUUCGCUACGACAGGGGCGAUGGAGGGUGCCCUCUUCCUCAAGACCGGCGUGCUGACCCCCCUGUCCCAACAAGUCCUCAUCGACUGCUCCUGGGGCUUCGGGAAUUACGCCUGCGACGGGGGCGAGGAGUGGCGAGGCUAUGAAAAACACGGCGGCAUCGCCAGCACCGAGUCCUACGGCACCUACAAGGGGCAGAAUGGCUUGUGCCACUACAACCAGUCUGAGAUGCUGGCCAAGAUCACGGGCUACGUCAACGUCACCUCGGGCAACAUCACGGCGGUCAAAGCUGCCAUCUACAAGCACGGGCCUGUGGCCGUCAGCAUCGACGCCUCACACCGGACCUUCUCCUUCUACUCCAACGGCAUCUACUACGAGCCCAAGUGCGCGAACGAGCCGGGAGAGCUGGACCACGCGGUGCUGGCCGUGGGCUACGGAGUCCUGCAGGGAGAGACCUACUGGCUCCUCAAGAAU